UCUGCUCUUCUCCCCUUCUCUCUUCCUGCUCCAUAACCCCCUGAAUAAAUACUCAACCUCACUCUGCAUGUCGUGCCUAUCCGUGUCUCUGUCUUUUGUCCACCCACAUGGGACCAGUCACCACUCCGGGGCCAUCUCUACCUGGGACUGGCUACUCUCAGGGCCAGCUGCCUGCCGCCAUAUGGCCUGCUCUCACCGCUCAGGGACUGGCAGCCGUCUCUGCCCAGGACUGGCUGCUCUCAGGGACCGCUGCCUGCUGCCACAUGACCCGCUAUCACCGCUUGGGAACCUACAGUAUUUCUGCUGCCUACUGCCGCCAGGGAUCCUGCAGCACUUUUUAUUUUUCCAUUACACCCAGCUCUGCAGUCAGCACCCCGCCAUCAAUGCCCCACCAGCCACUCAGACCACUGGCCUGGAGGGAUUUCUGGAUCUAUAGCCAUGGCCAUGAUAGAUAUCACUAUGUCUGGGCAACUGUCGCGAACCCUGCCCGCCACUGUGCUGGGUGCCUUGGAGAUAGGAAGCAGCUUGGAUGUGACUUCCAGCGCCGCGGUGGUGCGCGCCUUCCUGCAGCGCGGCCACACCGAGAUAGACACCGCUUUCGUGUACGCGGAUGGCCAGUCCGAGAGCAUCCUGGGGGGCCUGGGGCUUGGGCUGGACCGCAGCGGCUGCAAAGUAAAAAUUGCCACAAAGUCUGUUCCAUACCUUGGGACACCAAAGACACUAGACAACAUCCGGUUCCAGCUGGAGACGUCGCUGAAGCGGCUGCAGUGUCCCUGGGUGGACCUCUUCUACUUACACAUGCCAGACCACAACACCCCCAUAGAGGAGACGCUGCAGGUCUGCCACCAGCUGCAUCAGGAGGGCAAGUUUGUGGAGCUUGGCCUGUCUAACUAUGCCUCCUGGGAAGUGGCUAAGAUCUGUACCCUCUGCAAGAAAAAUGGCUGGAUCAUGCCAACUGUGUACCAGGGAAUGUACAAUGCUACUACCCGGCAGGUGGAGAAGGAGCUCCUCCCCUGCCUCAGACACUUUGGCUUGAGAUUCUAUGCCUACUGCCCUUUGGCUGGGGGCCUGUUGUCUGGCAAGUACAAAUAUGAAGUAGAGGAUGAGAAGCAGCCCUUGAGCCGCCUGUUUGGGAAGAAAUGGGAUGAUUUAUACAGGGACUGGUUCUGGAAGAAGAAACACAUCGAAGGUGUUGACCUUGUGAAGAGGUCCCUGCAGACCACCUACGGCAGCAGCGCCCCCAGCAUGACCUCGGCUGCCCUGCGCUGGUUGUACCACCACUCAGAGCUCCAGGGCCCCCGAGGGGAUGCAGUCAUCUUGGGCAUAUCCAGCCUGGAGCAGCUGGAACAGAACUUGGCGGCCACUGAGGAAGGGCCCCUGGAGCCGGCUGUCGUGGAUGCCUUUAACCAAGCCUGGAACCUGGUCGCCCACGAAUGUCCCAACUACUUCAGAUAGAUGUCCUGACUCAAGCUGCCAAGGGCUUUCCCGCCACCUCUUGGCCAUUCCCUGCCUGAUGCUGACUCACUGUGGCCCUUCUGCUGGUCUCCACCCACACAGUCUUCUAGAUGGCAGCCCUGCUCCCUGUCACCUCUCAGUGAGGAAAGUCGGGGCUGAGUCCGACAGCACCACUUCCUGUCUGAAUAAAGUGGGCAUCUGCCUGGCUGCAGCCAGCACUGAACCUCA